CUUCCACUACAGUGUGAUUGGCGAAGUCGGUGGCCUAUCAAGACUGGAGUCGGGGUGAGUGGGGGGACGCUUUUCUCCUGCUGCUGGGCCCUGCCGGGGUCGCGAAAGGAGUUUGGAGCGACCUUUGGUUUGUCUGCGGGGGUCGGGAUCGUCCCGUCCCCCCACCCCCGCCACCCGCUCCGAGCGACGUCGCUUCCCUCCGUCCUUCACGGGUUCCCUCAUGGAGACCGUCGCCCCUGUUGCUCCUGGCCCCGGAGCGGGACCGUUUCCCUCGCUUUUCCCCCCGGGGCUACACGGGAUCUACGGCGAGUGCCGGCGACUGUACCCGGAGCAGCCCAAUCCCCUGCAGGUCACGGCGAUUCUCAAAUACUGGUUAGGUGGACCGGAUCCUCUGGACUAUGUUAGUAUGUACAGGAAUUUGGGAAGUCCAACUCAAAAUGUUCCUGAGCACUGGCAUUAUGUAAGCUUUGGACUAAGUGACUUGUAUGGUGAUAACAGAGUGCACGAGUUUACUGGAUCAGAUGGGCCAAGUGGUUUUGGAUUUGAGCUGACAUUUCGACUUAAGCGUGAAACAGGGGAAUCUGCACCACCCACCUGGCCAGCAGAAUUAAUGCAAGGCUUAGCCAGAUAUGUCUUCCAAUCAGAAAAUACGUUCUGUAGUGGUGACCAUGUAUCGUGGCAUAGUCCAUUGGACAACAGUGAGUCUAGAAUCCAACAUAUGCUCUUGACUGAAGAUCCACAAAUGCAGCCAGUUCAGACACCAUUUGGAAUUGUAACAUUUCUCCAGAUUGUUGGAGUAUGUACAGAAGAGCUUCAUGCAGCACAGCAGUGGAAUGGGCAGGGUAUACUAGAAUUGCUUCGGACUGUUCCUGUAGCAGGAGGUCCAUGGUUAAUCACAGAUAUGCGACGUGGGGAAACAAUAUUCGAAAUAGAUCCACACCUGCAACAGGACCGAGUUGAUAAAGGGAUUGAAACAGAUGGCUCCAAUCUAAGCGGUGUCAGUGCAAAAUGUGCUUGGGAUGACCUUAGCCGGCCACCAGAGGAUGAUGAAGACAGCAGAAGUAUCUGCAUUGGUACGCAUCCUCGACGACUGUCUGGAAAAGACACAGAACAAAUUCGAGAAACUCUACGAAGGGGAUUAGAGAUUAACAGCAAGCCAAUUUUGCCACCAAUUAGUACUCAGAGGCAAAAUGGAUUGAACACUGACAGAGCACCGAGUCGUAAGGACAGUUUAGAAAGUGACAGCUCAGCAGCAAUCAUUCCUCAUGAAUUGAUUCGCACAAGGCAACUUGAGAGUGUGCACCUAAAAUUCAACCAGGAAUCAGGAGCAUUAAUUCCACUUUGUUUAAGAGGCAGAUUAUUACAUGGUCGGCACUUUACAUACAAAAGUAUUACAGGAGAUACAGCAAUCACUUUUGUAUCUACAGGAGUUGAAGGGGCCUUUGCUACAGAGGAGCAUCCAUAUGCAGCACAUGGACCCUGGUUACAGAUCUUACUUACAGAAGAGUUUGUGGAAAGAAUGCUGGAAGACCUAGAAGAUCUGAGUUCUCCAGAAGAAUUCAAGCUUCCAAAGGAAUAUAGUUGGCCUGAAAAGAAACUAAAAGUCUCCAUCUUACCUGAUGCUGUAUUUGACAACCUACUUCAUUAAAGACAGCUGAUGCCCACAAGCAGCAGCUUAUUGUUUAUUGCUCAAGGACUAAUGGGAGCAUUGAGUAGAGUAAAAGUUGGUCUCGACAAUGUUGCUGCAUAACUAAGCAGAAGAGAGGUUACUCAACAACAGUUCAGCCAGAAAAGUUCAUGUCUGGUUUUCUUCUUUUUCGUCAUGGCUGAACUCUGAGUAUCUGCAUAUAUAUGAAUGAGUACAAGAGUUAGACUGAGGAAGAAGUAUUCCAUUAUGAGUAGCAGCUGUUAUACAUCUUCCACUGUCUUAACUGGCUCUAGAACUGCCUGCUGCCACCUUAGUUCAGGGUUUAUAUUCAUCUGCAUUUAUUGUACACAUUUUUCACCUGUAAACACAUAAUUAUUAAUUUGAUGUUCUCCAUAAUGCCAAACUUCUUUUGUUAGCCAGGCUUCUCCUUUGGCAGAAUUAUUCCUUUAAUGCAAGUUGCAAUUCCGAAAAGAAAGUGGGAUUCUCCACAUGUAUUGGGAGUAAACAGAGUAAAAAAUUACUCUAUUAUCUUGGCCCCAAGCAUUUCUUGUGGUUCAGCUGCAGUGAAGUUGGGCAGGUGGGUUUGGUCUCUUAGCUCAAAUUAGUUGAGUGUAGCUGAAUUUUAGAACCGAAAUUUUGAGCCCUGUAAUAAAAUGAUCCUGUCAUUUGCUUUUCUGUAAAGAAUGGAUAAUUCAUUAGUAAGAUAACAUCCCAAAACACUUUAAUAAUAAUAUCAGCAACAACUUCCAAAUUGAGCCUGUGAAUAUUAACAGAUUUAGAAAGAAACCUAACUGUAAUUCAGUUGGAUUAUUUCUAAAUAAAUGUAUGUUAAAUUAUAAGUUUUUAUAUAUUACUUUGAGAAUGUUUGGCAACAAUAAGCUCCCCCAACCCUUUUCAGACACUUUAAUUGAUAAUAUAACCGUAAGUUAUUGGAUUAUAAAGCAUAUUAAAUAAUUGCUCUUAUUUCUUUUAUUAAUGACCAAGCAAGAAAUAUGAGUGAUUAAUUUUAUAUGUUUUUCUCAUUGAACUCACUGAGCUAUAAAAUGAGUUAAUGGCUUGUCUUAUUUGUAUUAGCACUGUUAGCACUUCUGUUUUUAUGAAAAUUCCUGAUGCUGCACUCUUUCUGAAAAAUUUCCACCAACUCUCUGUGUUUCAGCUCCUAGAGGUGCCCAAGAGCCUGUUAUCUUAUAUCAGCUUUGGAACAAAGCAGUCUAAAACAUUUAAGUUUUGUUAAAACCAUGUUCUUACUUUUUAUUAAUGUAAUAGAAAGCCUUGAAUUUGCUCUGAUGAGAAUUAAUUGAAUCAGACCUCUCCAGAAAUUGUAAUUCACAUAGAAGUCUAAAUUGUUUUUGAACUAUGUGAAAAUAUGUGUUUUUCACAACAGGGGUCCCCAAUCCCCGGGCUGCAACCCACUACUGGGCCAUAGCCUAUUCUUAAUUGGGCUACAUGAGUGGCUGGCCAGAGCAUGUGCAUGUAUGCGCAAUAACUUGCGCGAAAAGUGGGCUCACCCACAUGUGCACCCGGCUCAUGGAAGUCAAGCUGUGUUCCAGUCUACCAUUUGUGCAAAGUCUGGGUGUGUGCACCGGGUCGCCCCAAGCCGGGCCGGCAAGCCGCAAAGGUUGGGACUGCUGUUUUACAAUCUACAAAUAUUCAGUGGUCUUCAUCUGCAACUCAAAGGCUAGGUUAGAAUCCCAUUGGACAAAAAAAGGGAAAACUUUUUUAUGCAAUGACAUUUUGGGAAAAGAGAGAAAAAUAUACAAUAAACAUGAGCUGGACUUUAUGCAUUGUGAAAUACUGUAUUGUCAGUAGAGUUUUUGGAUACUGUGAUGUACUAACCUAUUCUAAUAUUCAAGAUCCUAAAGCAAGAAGGCUUUGGAAUCUGUAACAUAAGUGAGAGUCUUUUGAAGAGCCUAGUUCAUACUUUGUUUUUAGUAGAUAUUUAAAUAAAAUUAACAAUGUUAAAUUAAUAAUAGAAGAUUGCAAAGAUGUACAGCGCUAAUAGUAAGAUUCUCUAGAGCAGGGCUGUAAAACUCACAGCUCACGGGCCGUAUGCAUCACACACUGGCCAUGCCCACGCCCGGUUUAGGGAAGUGGGGAAAAAAUCCCGAUACAUCACGUGACACCACCAUGACGCUGCAGGUUUGACAGUCCUGCUCUAGAGGAAAUGUACAUGGGGUAGUGUUCACAUGUACUAUUCAGCCAAGAUCAUUAACCAUUAUUUGUUGAACAAGCCAGAGUCAAUUUUCUGGGACAGCAGAGUGAUUGUGACUUUCAUCAAUUUCUUAUUUUCCCUCCAUUUCUGCUAUUAAUCAGGUGAUAUUUCAUAAUAUUUUUUUAAAAAGUUAAAGAACAAGGUUGUUUUUUGGAAGAUUUCCUCUAUAAUUUGCUCUAUAAUUAAGCAAAUUGUAGCCUCAAGGCCAAGUGUGGUGCCCAGAUCUUCUUUCAAUAGCCCUCAGAUCUUCAUCUGCAAAUGUUGGCAGUACAAAUGAUGAAAAUUGCUAGCAUGGUUUCCCACCAUUUUAUGACAAAAUAGUCAUUAAAACUAAUAUAUGGUCUGCAACACACAAUGCAUUUGGAAAAAAAAAACACCAAAUCCCCUGCAAAAUCCAGAAAAUUCUACUUCUGUUCAUUUAUCUGAGAGCUCCUUUGCACCCCAGGAAAUAUGUAUAACUUCCAUCUUCAAAAAGGAUAGUCCUGGGGGUUUUGUGAUUAUUAUUACUUUGGCUGUGUAAGGUUGAUGGAAUUGACUUUACUUUGUUGUUGAUGAUGGUUUUGUUAGAUUACACUAUAUUGGGUUUUUUUAAAGAAUUUGUAAAGUUUAGAAAACAAUUAUGUUUUGUGUAGGUUUGGUUUUGCCUGUGUCUGUUGUCUGAGUAUGGUUGGUUUUAUUUCUGUGAAAUGGGUAUUUUGUUGAAAUGUGUAGGCUUUGCUUUGGCAUUGGGAAGCAAUUCUCUAUCCUUUCAGGGAGGAGUUAGGCAUGGGAAACAAAUAGCCUGAGUGGCAGAAAUGCUGUGUAAGUUUUUCUCACAAUGGUACUUUUGUUUAGUUUUUGAAGGAACUGAAGUGGGAAGCCUAUUCCUUAAUGGUUCUGCUUCAAAUUAUAAUUGGAUCUAACAUCAUUGAAAUGCUUUUAUAUAGAAAGAAGUGAUCCCUGCUGGUAGAAAACAGCUAUGCUAGAGAAAUGACUAAGCUAGAGAGAGCCUUUUCUACAAAAUCUAAUUUAUUACAUAUAAAUACUGUGUGUGUGUGUGUGUGUGUGCCCACGUGCAUGUGCACACAUUUUAAAUUUUAAAGGACCAGAUGACCUGGAGAAAUGUUCCAACUAAUUCAGUAUCUUGUAUUUUCACAGAUGCCUCUGAGAAUCUCAUAGGUCAAGAUAUAGCAGUAGCAUCCUCUUCACUUCUCAGGACCUAAUACUGAGAGGCAUAAUUAAGAUGAUAAUUGUUUUGACUGUUGUCAUUCUGUCGUGAACGCUCGGGAAUUGUUUCCUCCAGCUAAAUUAGUUUAUAUAUGUAGUUUAUUUGGAAGUAUAUGCAUUACUGUAAUGGGGAAGUGUUAGUCACAACUGUCUCAUAGAUUUAUCUCUCUACUUAACCCUCAGUUUGUUCUCUUUCCAAGUUGAAUAAAGAACUUCUUAUUUAAGGAAUAAAACAAGGGAGGCAGAGUCAGUAUACUGUGAAAUGCUAAACUGGAAUUUUAAAACCAUGGUGAAUUUCUCAUGAAGGAUCUACAAGUUAGAGCUAAAUAGUGUCUCUCAUAGGAUUUUCUGCAAGAUCCUAGUGUUUUUAGUGUUAUGUUCUUCAUGAAUAUUCAUUUUGGAGGCAGAACUGACCCAAAAUAUACUUUUUAAAUGACUAGUCUUGUUGGAUUUCCAAAGAAGAGUGCAUUUGGGUUUUUUUUUAAUCUACUUGAAUGCAACCACAAGUUACUGGCUUGGCAAAUCAAAGGUAUGGUGCUUUUAUGUAUUUUUGUUUAAUCAAUAACAAUUUAUGACUGUUCUAGUCAGUUUCCUAAGGAACAUAAUAGAACAGGGUUUGGUCUCUCCUUCUACUCUUCAUGAGCAGAUACUCACACUGUGGCUAAUUAUGCUGGCUUUUUAUUUUUUUCUCAACAUAAGGUAAGAAGAGUUUGCUUUGCAUUCUUGUUCUUUGCUUGCUAGUUCCUGAAGUGUUUUACCGGAAAUAGAAGCUUUGGCUGCUCUUCAGUUGGUUUGCACCUGCUACUUAAUCCCUCCAGCACCUGGAGCAGUAAACACCCUUCCUGGCUUGCCGCAACAAUUAUUAACUUUUAGUGCAGCUGUUGCACUAGUCAUCGGCCAGGAUAAUGCUAACAGAGCCACCAGACCAUUCCAGAAUGUUUAACUAUAUCUAACUAUGAAAAAAAAAUCUGUGUAAGUUAUCCUACAGUAAGCUAUGAGUAGGAUAGAGAUUUGAAGCUAUUGCACAUUGUUGCAAGUUCUGGCCUUAUUGCCUGUUUUGCUCAGAAGCUGAAUCCCACAAAAGCACUAAAGAUUUUGUAAUGUAAAAAAGCAAAAAAAGUUCAAAAACUAAAUAGUUGGAUUAUAUUCAAAAAUAAAUCACAUUUAAAUAUACACUUAUCACAAAAUUUUAAACACGUUUAAAAUCGAGCAGAAGCUACUUGAAAUAUGGUAGAAGAGCAAAAAGGAAGAAAGUCAUUGUUCAUUCCAGAAAUAGGUAUAAAAAAGAGAAUCUAGGCUCACCCUGAAGAGGACAAAAGAAAUAAACAUAUGCAUGAUUAUUACAUUAAAUCCUAUAUCUGUAAUCUUCACAAUAUCUCUAUAUUUUAUAUAAAUGUGUACAUCUUGAAUUUCAUACUUCCCUUUCAUCAGAGGGAAAUAGUAGGAUACAAACCUUUAAAAUCUCUGCAGGAUAUUUUGCAUUUCAGUAUGAUGAUCAGUACAGAAUUAGAAGUGAAAGCGACUUGUAUGGCAGAUUAAAAAAGGAUUGCACUGUCAUUCCAUUGCAUUUUCUUCCAGUGGGACACAAUCACAAUAUGCUUUAUAUGAAUCUAUUUUGCAUAUGAUCCCUAUACAUAAGGGAAGUAAGGGAUCAGAGAACUAUUCUAUUUACAUAAGCAUUUUAAUGGCUUGAGACAAAAAUACUUAAUACUGUUUCCCACAAGUACCAUCAUUGCAGUUUUUAGGAAAAGAAAUAAUGCCUUCCAUCUUUGGUAGCCCUGUGGCAUUUCAUUUCCCACUUAACCUGUAUAUCCUUUUCUGCUAGAUAUCUUCAAUGUCAAAAUUAGUACUGUCUAAUAAAAAUUUAUAAGGAUCCCAGACUGACCCUUAAUUAACUUGUCAAUAUUAUGUAUUAUGUUUCAUACAUAUUUCUUUUUUCCUUUCUUAAAUUGCUUACAUACAAUCAUAGUAAGAGCUUUUAAGCUUUCUAUUGUUUUUCCCAAAACGUUUCUUUUUUUUUUUUAGCCAAUAAUUUUCCUAUAUUGCAAAUAUUUUGAAAUAAACCCUCCUCAUUUAGAGAGUUAUAUAGUGAGUUGCAGAUGAGAUGAGGGAAUGUGUUUAAACUCUUCUUUUAACUUAUAUGUUUAUUUCAGAAAUUGUUUUAAAGCUCUGUUGCUAGCUAAUUGUUGUGGCAUACUCCCUAGUCCUUAUUUUCUUUUCAGGGCAAAAUUACAGAUUUCUUCUAUUAGACUCUUAUCAUAUAAAUCUUCAAUGAACAGAAGAAGAUGAUUCUAUAAUCCAUGUUCAGUGUAUAUACUAUAAUACGGUCACUGUGGUUAAUACAAAUGGUUGUUGUGAGCACCAGUUGAUAAGAAGAUGCAGGAACAUGGAAGUUUUUUCCUGGACCUUUUAAUUCCAGAUUAAGCUGAACUAACUAUCUCACCAGUUUUACUUUCAAGGCUGAAAA